GUCGCACGAUGCCCUCGUAGCGCUGCACGACUCCCGGCUAUCCAACUCUCUCCUCAUCUCUUUGGGGCCCGAGUCAAUCAAUACAUUUCCCAACAGGACACUCCAACACACCGUCCUCUCUUCACACAGCCCUACCUCAGUUGCUCCAUAGCUUUAGACUUUUCGACGCGAACGGGCGGGGACGCAACUAUCACUUACCUGUGCCAGCACGAUGGAGGUCACCCCGGAGGAGCUCGCCACGGCGGACUCGAUCACCGUCCGUGCGCUCAAGGACAUUACCUUCGGGAGCAUCGCCGGCAUCGCGUCAAAGUUUUUUGAGCACCCGUUCGACCUCACGAAGGUCCGGCUGCAGUCUCAAGUGCUCGAUGCCCAGGCGCGGUUUAGUGGGCCGCUGGAUUGUCUGCUGCAGACGUGGAGGAAGGAGGGCGUUGCGGGGCUGUACCGGGGCCUCCCUGCGCCCAUCGUCGGUGCGAUGGCGGAGAACGCAUCGCUCUUUUGGUCGUACACCGAGAUCCAAAACGCGAUCAAGUGGGCGAACGGGAUACCCGCCACGAGCCAGCUCUCCCUCGGCCAGCUCGCCCUGGCGGGAGCGGGCGCGGGAUCUAUCACUAGCUUCGUCCUCACGCCAAUCGAGCUCGUAAAGUGCAAGAUGCAAGUGCAGAUGCUCAUGACCCCGCCCACGGCCGCCACGGCCGCCUCCGCGUCCAUCUACCCCGCGGGCGCCGCCGCGCUCUCCGCGUCCCCUCCCCCGCCCUCGAUCCCCAAGCUCCCGGGGCCCAUCGCCGUCCUCACAUCCGUCGUCCGCGAGACGGGCGUCCGCGGCCUCUGGCUCGGGCAUACCGGCACGCUCAUACGCGAGACCGGCGGCGGCGCGGCGUGGUUCGCCGCAAAGGAGGGCGCCGCGGGCCUGCUCCUGCAGCGGCGCGGGCUCGCGCCCCAUGAAAAGAAGGAGCUGCGCGCGUGGGAGAGCGCGGCGGCGGGCUCGUGCGCCGGGGUCGCGUACAACGUCGCGCUCUUCCCCGCGGACACGGUCAAGAGCGCGAUGCAGACGGAGGCGGAGCUGCGGGGCCCGCGCGCGGGCGGGGAGCGGCCGAGCUUCUUUGGCACGGGGAGGGAGAUGUGGAGGAGGGGUGGCGUGCGGGGGUUGUAUGCGGGGUGCGGGAUUACUGUUGCGAGGGCGGUGCCGAGCAGCGCGUUGAUCUUUAUGAUUUACGAUGGGCUGAGCCAGCGGUUUGGGUGAGAGAGACUUGAAGGCACGAACUCGCAACUGCAAAUGUAUGUCUUACGCACGGCCGUCGCGACCACCGUACGGUGCUGUAAUAUUGGAUUCCCUCGCAUAGACAUAGAACACCACAUCAUACACCAUUGGUUCAAAUUGU